AUGCCUGCUGAUGGUACUUCCAGCUCGGCUCAGCCAACCCAAAACCUACCGGCCUGUGAUUAUCUCGGAAAAGCCGUGAACUUGUCUUCUCUUAAUAUUAACCCAGGAGAUCUGAAGUCAGUCCGUGACAACAGCUCUCUCGUGCCGAUCGUCAAACUCGACAACACCAGCAGAUCACCGGUCACGCCUCCCGGGUCAGGGACAGCAUACUGGCUACCAGGGAACACCGUAUAUGAUAACCUCGGUUCUGAAAGCAAGGCCCGUGACUUCCUAAGUGAGAGAGGAAAUGACCUAAUUGAGAAGCUAAACCGCGGCGCGGAUCUUGGCGUAAACUACCUCAGCGUCGGCGUCACAGCUGGUAUACACUACAGCUACUCAUCUGCGCUCAAAUCAACUAGCGCCUAUGGAGCCUAUAGUUUUGACCAGCAAGUGUAUGGCGCCCAUCUGGACCAAUCCAAAUGGUAUGGAUGGGUAGAGCCAGCGAUGUUGGCUGAUGGUAGAAAUCUACCGGCCUGGACCCUUACCCCUGGAGUCUACAAUAGCUAUCAGACUUUCUUCCAGAAAUGGGGAACUCACCUGAUAACCCGAUCUUACCUUGGUAACAGGUACCAACUCAUGGUCAUCAGGGACACGAUGAGCCAGGAAUCCGUCAGAAAGUUCAAUCUCCAGGUGAAGGCGGAAUUCGCCGGAAUCAUUAAGGGCGGAGGUGGCGACUGGGGCAGCGAGCAAGAGAAGAAGGAAUACUUGAACAACCGACAAAUUAGCUGUCACGUCCUUGGCGGGCACCCUACAGAGAAUGGGAACCUGGCGAGAUCCCCUGAAAGCCAGGAGGCUUUCGAGAAGUGGUUGGCGAAGCGAGACGCGGCGUAUGAUGCUCACCUCUCGUUCCAGACCCAGAGCCUCGCCACCUUCCUGGAGAACAGCUCUGACCCAAGCUACAAAGCUGUGGGCAAAAAAUUGGCUCCCGCACUUGAAUACUGCUGCAAGUUUGCCCUGCUGCAAGGGAAGCUUGCGUAUGAGGUCGAUAAGGGGAGCAGUAGCUCCGUGCAGUGGGGAGAGUGUAAGCUACCCGCUCUCCCUGGGCUGGAACUCAGAGCCAUCGCCAGCCGUGAGUGGAGAGUAGAAGCCAUCAGUGCGUCCCACGUGAAAGUCACCCGGUCGGGAAUCGGGACAUCUGAUGCUUUAGUCGACAUCACCGUCAAGGCUCCGCCAGUUGAAGCCAUUGUCACACUGAAUGCUGCGCUCAAUACACCUACUAGUAGGGACAAGAUCAUGCGCUUCUUUGUGCUCUCACCUUAUGGUCCUGCGCCAAGACAGCACGAGACUACUGUCAUGACGCACGAUGUGAGCGGAAAAGAGUCUCAGACAAGGGUAUAUCCUACAUUAAAGGCUUUUGGCGUCUUCAAUUAG